GUGUUGCAAUCGAUGUGGAGCGGUUCCGUGGUCUAAUGGUAUGUUUGUGACAGACAAGGUUCAUGGAUGGAGUAUACAUACCGUGUAUUUGAAGGACAUAUAUAGUUUCCAUGACGACCGUCAUCAUGUUCAUCCCAUCAGCGCUAAGUAUAUUUCUUCUCGCCGCCAUCUUCUCCAGGGCAUCGGGUUGCGAAUGUGCCACGGAACCGGCUUUCUGCUCUGUAGGAUUUGGUAUCAGAGGAACGGUUACGGGUAUCCGAGGCAAUGUCACUGCCGGUGAUUUAAUUACAUACACUGUUCGGAUAGCCGAAGUAUACCGCAACUCAACAGACGGCAUCUCCGUCGACAAUUCAGUCGACAUUAUUACUAUCAGUUCAGCCAAAGCCUGUGGUAUACCCGACUUACAAGAGAAUGUGACGUAUCUACUUUCUGGAGGUGUCGUGUUCGGUAGCUAUCAUCUGCACACAUGCAAUUCUGUGGUCGUCGAAUACAGCGACUACGUCGACAACAAGGAUCGCCAUGAAGAUGUCGACAUUCCUUGCUCAGCCACAUUGUCGUCGAUGACCGUCAGUGCCUUCGUCGUCGUCUUUGUCGCUCUACUCGACCAUGUUUUCUUCCCCUGA